AUGGGCGGCUCAGCCUCCAGCCUGCUGGACGAGAGCAAGUGCACCUAUAUCCGAGGAAAAACAGAGGCCGUCAUCAAAAACUUCAGCCCACACUACAGACGCCAGUAUGCGGUGGCUUUCUGCAAGCACGUGCAGAACGAGCUGGAGCAGCACCGGGAUUCCCAGUCCCGGUUCCUGAAAACCAAGCCCCCGGCAGAAGCUGGGACCGUCUUAUACGAGGCAGAGCUGCUGCAUUUUGCUGAGGAUCUGAAGAAGUGGAAGGACAGAUACGUCGUUAUCAAAAACGACUACACUGUGGAUUGCUUUGAGACUAAAGAGGCCUACCAGAAAGGAGCCAGCCCUAAAUACCACAUUCUUCCUGCAGGAGGCAAAGUAUUGACUUCAGAAGAAGAUUACAAUUUGCUAUCUGAUAAACAUUUUCCAGAUCCUGUUGGGUUGAGUGAGAAGGAGGUCGCUCAAGCCUUCGUUCAGCUGCCGAGGGAGUUCCCGGUUUACCUGUGGCAGCCCUUCGCCCGACACAGCUACUAUUGCUUCCCGGAGCCAGAAGCUCAGAGGCAGUUCAGCGCCGUGCUGGGGGACUGCGUGAGACACUCAAACCACGAUUUUCUCAAGCAGACCACGUAUGAAGUUGAGGCAUUCUUAGAAGCCAUCCAGUUUUUCCGGCAGGAGAAAGGCCACUAUGGGACAUGGGAAAUGAUAACUGGCAAUGAAAAAGAGAUCCUGAGCAACCUCGUGAUGGAGGAACUCCUGCCUAACCUUCAGACGAUGAUCCUGCCUAAAAUGAAAGGAAAGAGGAAUGAUAGGAAGCGGGCCUGGUUUGGUAUCGUAGAAGAAACGUACGGCUUAGUCCAGCAGCAGGUGUCAGAAGGAUUAAGUACCUUGAAAGAAGAAUGCAGAGAUUUUGCAAAAACUCUGGAAGGAACCGUUCGCUCAGACAUGGAUCAGAUUCUGAACUCCAAGAACUUCUUAGCUGGAAAAAUCAAAGGCACUGUUUCUGAGCCUGCCCAGAAGUGCUGCACAGAAAACAUCCAGCCAUUUCUCACAUCCAUAUUAGAAGAGCUCAUGGGUCCGGUGAGUUCUGGAUUCACUGAAGUCCGCUCACUUUUUGAUAAAGAAGUUAAUGAAAUCAUCCAGGACUUCCAGAAGACAAAUGACAUCACAAAGCUAAAGGAGAAUGUGGAUCAGCUUAUGAACCUACCGUUCAACUCUGUGAAAAUGGAGCCCUGCUAUCUGAAAGUGAACCUCCUGCAGGAGCUCCUUCAAGACCUCAAGAGUCGCUUCAAGGUCUAUCACAUUGAUUUUGUGAUUCAGAGGACACAGAACUUCAUGCAAGAGCUGAUGGAAAAUGCAGUUUAUACUUUUGAGCAGUUGUUUUCUCCAAGUCGCCAGGCGGACUCAGCCAAAGUUGCAACAACCAUUGAAAAAGUGAAGCUGAGAGUACUGAAGCAAUAUGAUUAUGACAGCAGCACUAUCCGGAAGAAGAUAUUUCAAGAAGCGCUGGUACAGAUUACUUUGCCCACAAUGCAGAAGACACUGGCUUCAACGUGCAAACCAGAGCUGCAGAAAUACGAGCAGUUCAUUUUUGCUGAUUACACUAGCGUGAUCCAAGUAGAGAACGUGUAUGAAGAGAUUUUGUAUCAGACACUGCUUGAAGAAACCCUGAAAGUGAUAAAAGAAGCUGCCAUUAUGAAGAAGCACAACCUCUUUGAAGAUAAUUUGAAUUUGCCCUGUGAAAGCGUGUCCAGCUUAACGGACCUGAAGACCCCUUCAGGAUCAGCACAAACCACUCCUGCGAAGAAACCUUCCACUGCCCGAGCCGAGAUGUCAGACACUGAAACUCAAGGUGACGAAACGCUCAUUGUGACGGAAAAAAUUUCUUGGGAGAAGGAUGCUGAUGAUAAGAAGUCAUCAGACAAAGAGGCAGUCACUUCUGUUAAUGCGGCUGGUGAUCAGGCAAGCAAAAGUGAAGAAGUGGUCAUUACAGACAUCGGUGAAAUACAAGAAUCCCUUCCAGCUACCCUUACAAAACAAGAAGUUGCAGAGGAAAAAAUUGGUUUGGAGAAUGAAGACAUGGCGAAAGUGGAGUGUGUAGUGAACACUGAGAAAGAGCUUAAGACACAACAAGAAGCUGUGGAGGAAGAAGUAGCUCCUGGGACUGAAACUGCCAUGAAAGAUUUUGGAGCCAGUGCUAAAAAAGAACUUAAGGUACGUGAAGGAGCUGUGGAGGAAAAGGUAACUUCCGAGAGUCAAAUGGCAACGGAUGCUGCGUUUGUUGGUGGCACUGAAGAAGAAAGCACAGUACAGGAAGAAGCUGCUGAGAUAAAGCUGACUUCCCCACAUGAUAAUGUAGCAGAAGCAGAGAUUUUAGGGAAUGCAGAAGAGAAAACCAAGGUAGAAAAAGAAUUAUCUCAGAGUGAAAAUGCAGUAGGAACAGGGUUUGAAGAGGAUAGUAAAAAAGAAAGCAAUGACCAAGGAGCGAGUACUGAGACAAGGGUUAUUUCCCAGGAUGAAAAUACAGGGAAAGGAGUGUUUGGGGAUAAUCCUGAAAAAGAAAGCAAGUCAGAAGAAAAGAGUUGUAAAUCCCCUGACGAUGUGAAUGAGAUAAGGAGUUUGCUCAUGGUAACAGUUGAGAUACCAGCAGAUACUCCAGCUGAGAACAUAAAGGAGAUUUGUGAAGGUGAGAUAUUAAAGUUGCAGGAGCACAAUAAAGGGAACAAUGAGUUGAGCAAAAUGGCUGUGGCAGAAACUCAAGUGAGCCAGACGAUGAUGAAUAAAGAUGCAGCAGAAUGCACGGAGUUCAAGGAGGACCGACCGUCUUCGUCUAGUUUGGGGACAGAUGGUACGAAUUUAGAGAACGUGUCCAAGGGGGCCUGCAGUAUGGCACAGGCAGAGUGGCUGGUGGAAAGCUCAGAUACGCCUCAGGAGGCAAAGGCAGAGGUGGAUAUCAAGCAAAGCGUUUGGUACACAGGUGUGGGAAGCUGCGAAAGUGAUACAUUGCAACCAGAGGAACACACUGAAAAUGUGUCUGAAGGCAAAAUAUUAGAUGGGGAGGAAGGAGGAGCAGGGAAUAGCCAUGCUGUCCCGGUGGAGGCAGGGACUGAGAGCUUUUUCCAUAAUCCUGCUGAAAAUCCAGACACAACGCAAAUGCCCAUUUUGGAUACAGAAAACCCAAGAACAGGACUGCUAGAUAUGCCAGUUUCUUCGGUGCUGGAGCAGGGCGAGGUUAGCGCCGUAGAGGUCACAGGAGAUGCAGAGGCUGGUGACGGUGAAGGGAAGCCAGAAGAUGAAUCAUCCUCACACAAGGAAAUAAAAAACACAGAAGUAAAAGAUAUUUUCACAGGCGAAAACAGAGAAGAUAGUUAUGCACAGCAAAACUCUGAAGAGUAAGAAGCAUUUUUCAGCCCAGCCCUGCAAGAUUUAUUUACUCCAGUAAUCCCUGUUUAGUUGUGAAUACUCACUUGAGUCGGAGCGAGAGGAAACGGGCUUUAUUGUGGUAUUACCAGCUCUUGCAGUUUUAGCACGGAUCCCUUCCUGAGUGAUGGGUGAUAGGUUUCUUUUUGGUUAAAGCCCUCACUGUUUAAAACCAGGUUACUGUUGGGGAACCUCAUCUUUCACUUAAAAUUUGCUAUCUUUUAUGGUUAUAGAGAAAGUCUGAAAAUGUGACCACUGAAUGCUUCAAAAGCAACUCACCCCCAACUAUAAAGUUAUUUUAACAACCUAACUGCUCUUAGGUGUUUAAGCAGGGGAGUAGCUCAUGACUUUUAAAUGCAUGGAUUUGACAAGUGAUUCUUAGGUGGUUGGUACAUACAUUGCUAUUCAAGGAUGCUUUUAGUAUUUGCAUGCAGUAUACAGGAAAUAAAUAAAACUUUCAGUAGUUAAACAGAACCAAAUAGUUAAUUUAGUAGGUUGCUCAAAAGCCACACUCUAUGCAAACUCUUUAAACUGCUAACUUAAUUAUUUUAAAGUUUUGACGGAUAUUAAAGACAAGCAAGUGUUCUGAUGUUUUUUCUCUUAUUGCUGUAUUUAAAACGGGGAAAAUAUGGGAGCAGGUUUCUCAGUCCCACUCUGCACUUCUGGGUUAUUUAGCCUUCCAGAGCACUUUAUGGCUAUUUUAUUUUGUUUUAUUUUAUGGAGGGGAAAGAUGAGAAUGUUUACAAUAACUAUAACCAUUAGGCAGCAUCUUUCUGUUUUACUUCCCACCAUAAAAUAUAUUCACUUAUGGCUAUCUAAUACAGAAUAUUAAAAGUCCUGCCAUUCCCAUUCUUACUGACUUAAGUUGGAGUUACCCAGUUCUGUAGGCCUUUUUAGGUGCAUACACUAUAUCAUAAAUUGCAAUCAUUGUGAAAUAUCAUAAUCAUUGCAUAUAAUUUCUAUUACAGGUGUUAACUGAAGCAAAAAGCGGCCAAAGGUUAUUCACAUGUGCUUAGAUUUUGGAGGGCAGAAUCACAUUUCAAAAGCAGUAUUAAAAUGAGACCUUUUGCUUUCAUACCUGGUGUAUUAUCGUCCGUAUCAAAUCAUGAUCUAAGCACAAAGUUGCUUAUAUGCAUUAUUCGCGUGCACAAUUUAAAGACGGUGCACAGAAGAGCUUGGAAAUGAAAAACAGUAUUUUAAUAAAUUGGGCUUUAAAGAUCAAGACCUCACUUUAGAGGUCAGUUCAAGGCACCUUAAAAAUUUGGCCUGGUAUUUCAGACUGUUUAUGAAUAAAUAUAAUACAGUACAGGACAGCAAAGGUUAAUGAUAAAUACAGUAAGGACUGCAGGAUUUAUGCCCAUAAAGCCAUGGGAAGAAAUAACAAAGUCCUGAGACCGUAGUACUUGUUGGCAUUUAACUUCAACAAACUGUGCAAAGUCGAUUAUUUAAUGCUACUAAAAUUCGCUGUAAUACUAACAGACAAUUGACACUAGAGGAACAGGCAAAUAUUACUGCGUAAGUAAGGAAAGUUGUUGAGUAACUGGACCAACGGCAAUGUCACUAUUGUAAAAUAAAUGCAACUCCUGUUUUGUCCAGAAGCCAUGCUGCGGUAUAGAAACAUUAAGGUCACAGAUGUUUUCCUUGCAAAAGUACUUUUACUUGUUUCCUCCUUAUAUUUCAUGCCAAAAUACUAAUUUGUAAACACACAAACCGCUGUCAGCCAAUUUUUUUACAAAUCAUUAGUUAUUUCACUGUCAGCUCCUUUUUUUUUUACGACUCAUCAGUUAUUUCUAAUUGGUACUGAAUGUUAAGUGACUUCAAAUUUAUAACGUGAGCUUUACAGCUAAGCAGCAGCAGUCUCUUUUAGCCAUGCUAAAAUUGGGGGACAUGACAUUUUUAAUACAGCGUUUUGUAUGAAAGAGGACUCGCAGGACAGCGACGGUUACUGUCUGUGAAGAAGGCUGCAGUCUCCUACAAAAGCUGUUUACAACUAGUAUGAAUUAGAUACAUCUGUACAGAAAGUAUUUAGCAUAAACAUUCCCGUCGUAGUCCUUUUUGAGUUAUUUCUAUGGCAGGCUUAAAUCUGGGUAAUAUUUUCCUGUAAUAUUAAAGAAUUGAGUUGUUGAAUGCAGAUGCUCGGCGUUAUUUGUUUUUCCUAAGUAGGAUGGGGAAGAACGGGGAAGAUUUAGCCUGUGCAUGGCCUUGUUCUGCCAUUUAAAUUGAAGUCCCUCAUGGCUCGGGGACUGAUUUUUUGCUUUCGUGGACGUUUUCUGUACAUUCAGUUGUUUGCAAAUGGAUAAAGUAGCGUUUUUCUUGUCUUUAAUCAGACUUGGGUAGUGGUGACAGCAGUUUAGAGGUCAGCAAUCUGCAAGGUUAGGUUGGACCACGGAUCAGAAAUAGUAAUAAUCCACUGAGUCAAUAAUUUUUGUCACUUUCUUGGCAUUUCCUACACUUACCUGAAAUGAAUUAUUUCUCUUGUAAACUAGGAACAAUAACAAAUCCCCUUUCACCGCCGGGAGGGUCGAGGGUUAGGAGCAGCGCGGUGCCUUGAGGGGCGCAGGCCGGGGGACGUUACCGCUCUUUUAUUUUACGGAGUUGCCAAUUUUAAAGGACAGGAUAUGAAACACAUUGUACUUUGCUUAUAGCUUUGUAAAAACGCUUGUCAAUGAA